UGCAAGGAGCUGACACACUGAGUCAUUGCUGUGGAGUCCAGCUGUAGGUACAUGGAUUGAAGUACAGCACUGACGAGCGCGUUGCACUUUGCUGAGAAUAGGAGGAAAGAUCGCGAACUCAUCAACGGAGAUACAUAGGGAUUAAGAGAACUGGAGAAAUCAAGCUCCGAAACGAGUCUUUUGUCUUGAAAAGGAAUGUAUUCCUAAGAUUGCUUGCGUAAAUCGGAGGUUUCCUACAUUUUUUUUACUGCAAUGGAUGGCAACGGUGCAGGUGGUGUCAUUGCAUAUAUAAGUUCAUCAAGUUCCAGUUGUAGUCCUGUCUCUUACCACAGUGACAGUUCGGAGAACAGCUUCCAGUCAGUCUCGUCUUCUGUUCCAUCGUCACCUAACAGUUUUGUAUCUGAUAACCACGUUAACUCCAAUGACAUGCUUGCUGAUAACUGUACAUUGAAACUAGGAAGUUCCAGUAAUAUUCAGCUUGCAUGUUCAACUAAAGGGGAUGGGUCAAACACAAACCCUUUGAGCAAAUGUACCAGCGGCAUUACUAAAAUUAAUGGGAUGAUCCUUCUGUGUAAAGUCUGUGGAGAUGUGGCAUCUGGAUUCCAUUAUGGUGUGCAUGCAUGUGAAGGUUGCAAGGGAUUUUUCCGAAGGAGCAUUCAGCAGAAUAUCCAAUACAAGAAAUGCCUGAAAAAUGAAAACUGUUCCAUAAUGAGGAUGAAUAGGAACCGGUGUCAGCAGUGUCGUUUUAAGAAGUGUUUAGCUGUAGGCAUGUCCCGAGAUGCUGUUCGAUUUGGACGCAUUCCUAAACGUGAGAAGCAGAGAAUGUUGAUUGAAAUGCAAAGUGCAAUGAAGAAGAUGAUGAAUAAUCAGCUGAACGGCUAUGCACAGACUGAAGGAUCACAAGAUGAGAUUGCUUCUUCACAAUUACAACAUAAACAACUUCAAAACAUUGAAGAUGAUGUAAUUGGUACAGUGGCCAAAGCCCAUAAGGAAACAUUCUACUGUACUCAAGAAAAAAUGGGCAAAAUGCUGGAAGCUGAGAAGCUCCAGAACAGAAAGAGUACUCAGAAGAAUAGUGAUGAUAAUUGGAUAAUUGAUCAGUCUACAAAUAACCUCAAUGGAAGCCACUGUUUUCACAAUGCAAACCAGCACAAAAUCUCUAACACAAAUAAGAUUAAUAACCAUGUAUUUUGCCCAAAUGGUGUGUCCGAUAGAUUCAUAAGUAAGCAUUAUCAUACUGUUUUGAAUGAAUAUACUCAAAAUGCAAUUGCAGAAGAUGAAUUUUCUCAGAACAACGCUAUGUUUGACCAUUCUUGUACCACGGAAAGGAGAAUGCAUCUGGUGUGCCCGAUGAGUAUGUCGCCUUAUGUAAAUCCCAAUAAAUCAGAACAGGAAAUCUGGGAAGAAUUCUCCAUGAGCUUUACACCUGCAGUUAGAGAAGUGGUAGAAUUUGCAAAACGUAUUCCAGGAUUCAAAGAUCUAUCCCAACAUGACCAAGUUAGCUUGCUUAAAGCUGGAACAUUUGAGGUAUUAAUGGUACGCUUUGCUGCUUUAUUUGAUGUACAUGAGCGCACGGUCACGUUUCUCAGUGGAAAAAGUUAUGGCAUGGAAGAGUUGCAGUUACUGGGAGCAGGUGAUUUGUUGAUGUCCAUGUUUGAGUUUAGUGAGAAGCUUGGUGCCCUGCAGCUGAGUGAAGAGGAAAUGAGCCUGUUUACAGCUGUUGUCCUGGUUUCUGCUGAUCGUUCAGGAAUUGAAAACGUUAACUCAGUCGAGCAAUUGCAAGAAACUCUAAUUCGAGCACUCAGAACCUUAAUUAUGAAAAAUCAUCCAAAUGAAUCCUCCAUCUUUACAAAACUCCUAUUGAAAUUACCUGACCUGCGUUCUCUUAACAAUAUGCAUUCAGAAGAAUUGUUGGCCUUCAAAAUAUAUCCUUAAAUUUAUGAAUUAGUUCUCCACCCUUUGUUUCUAUUCUGUAUAUUUUGUGAAUGAGUAUGCAUAUUUAUAUAUAUAUAGUGCAUUUUUCUCCAGCAUUAUUUUUGAGCUACAAAGGGAGUAAUUAAUCAAAUAUUGAAAAUUAGAAGUAUAUUAAUUAAAAUAUAUUUUGAGAUUUUAACUUGUAUGUAACUUCAGACUAUCAAAUAUGUAUAGAUAUGACUCACUGUUUACAUUUCACCCUUAAAGAUGACUUGGAUAAUGAUGGCUUCACUUUAAAAUUAAAAUCUUAAGAGAUUUUAAAAAAAUUGGUGCUUUAAUGUUGCAAGUCUCCAUUCAACAUUGCUGUCAAUGUGGGAUUGACAAUAGAGCAUAGCGUAAUGAAGCUGAAGUCCAUAAUUAACACUUUCCUGGUUAAGAAAAAGUUUCGAAACAGCCUGACAGUAACUUGUGGAGUCUGUGAUUAUUGUCCAGUUGUCUUCCUGAUCCUUUUUUCUUCAAACCACCAAAUUGAAGCAGUUGAAUAACAUAUUGCAACCAGCAUGUCUAUAUGUCUUGUCUUUAUUAGCUGUGUUUGCAGCAUCCACUGAUUGUUAAUCUACAUAUAAUGAAAUCGUUAUUAUACUCGAGUAACAUUUUAAAGUUUGGUAUUGUCCUCCUGGAUUGACUACUGUAAAAUGUGCUUUAUAAUUUGUAUUAUUUUUGGAUGUGGAUCAAUGCAGUAAAGUAAUGAUUUCCAAUGCAAUGCACUUUCCUUUCUUGUCUGUGUAAUCGAUAAUCCGUUUUUUUUAUAAAACAUUGAUCAGGCCACAGGUGAAAUACUGUGUACAGCUUUGGUUGCCACACUAUUGGAAGGAUGUGAUUGCACUGGAGAGGGUACAGAGGAGAUUCAGUAGGAUGUUGCCUGAGAUAAAACUUCUCCGUUAUGAGGAGAGGUGGGGUUUGCCUGAGAGCUGACCUGAUAAGCGCAAGUAUAAAAACCUUGAUAAAAGGUAUCUUGUCUAGCAAAUACACAUUAGAAAUUAUUACUAAAAAUGCCUAGUUGGCUGACAGUCAACUGGUUAAUAAGUUUUUGAUUUUGCAUUUUUAAAUGACAUUAAUAAGGUAGUGUGUUGGUAAACCAGUGGAUGAACUGUGGAGGCAGCCAUUGUAAAAGUUUCUAAUCUCCAACCACAUUUUGUAGCUUUAAAAGCAGAUACACUAGGAGAUGGGAAAAUGCAGAUCAGGAAUGAGUAGGCAAAUGGAAACAUAAAAGAUGACAGGUAGAAAACAGGAGGCAUACCUGAGAGCAGGGAAAUUGGUUAUCCAAUGCCUUUCACGUAAGUGUGCAUCUAAUUUUGGAAUUAUAUCAGGCAAUUGUUGGUAGAUGGUGUGCCAAAUGCACUCCUACUUUUGUACAUUUUUAGCAUCUUGUUCUAGAAUGAAACUGCAGACACAACUGAACGACUUACCUACCUGUCAGUCUGCCUGGCAAGACUAUGAUCAGAAACUGGUGAGCAGUGCACUCAGAUCUCAAAACGUGUACUGCUAUUGGAUAAGGUUCUUUAUCGGGAGUACAGGAGUGGGGAGAAAAAACAAUCUUUGCUUCAAUUUCUAGAGGGAAAAAGGCACCAAAACCAACAAUUUAUUAUAACAGUACAAGCAUUUCAUCUGAUGACAAGUACCAUUUCAAAUUGGAAAAGAAAUAGGCAAAUGCUGUUUCUCUAGGUCUCUCAACCGCUAAAAGAUGAACUAUCAGGCAGUCAGGAUGAUUCUGUUAUAGAGAAGAUCUAUCCUUUUCUUGGCCGUUUCCUUUGAUUAUGGCCACCAUUGUGGCUGUGUUGAAAUUAAUUAGGGCUGAGUACAUGACAUGCCAACACCAUCAAAAAAAAUUGGUAAAUUUUAACUAGUGCUGAACAACUGAAUAUCGCACUUAAGGCUUGUUCUGCCAUUCGAUUAGAUGAUGGUUUAUAGCUACCUAACUACUUUCUCUCAUCUUUGCUCCAUAUUUCCUGGUAUCCUUAAUCAACAAAAAAUCCAUCUCUCCUAGAAGCACUC